CGCCUCCUUUCACGCCCAGCAUGUCCAUGUCUACCCAGUUCGCAGCUCGCUGCUGCAGACAGAUUGUCCGCCCUACCGCUUCCCUGCGCGUUUCCUCCGCUUCAUACCUGUCCAGCAGCCGGAGAUGGCAAUCCACGGAGUCUGCUGCUCCUGCCAACCCCAAGAUCACCCAGAUUGUCGAUCAGAUCAGCCAAUUGAACCUGUUGGAGACUGCCGACUUGGUCGCUAGCUUGAAGUCCCGCCUUAACAUCCCCGACCUGCCCGUCGGUGGCUUCGCCAUGGCCGCUGCCCCCGCCGCUCCCGCCGCCGCCGAGGAGGAGGAGGCUCCUGUCCAGCAGGAGAAGACUCUGUUCAACCUGAAGCUCGAGUCCAUCGACGCUGCCUCCAAGGCCAAGGUCAUUAAGGAGAUCAAGAACAUGCUCGGUCUGUCCCUGGUCGACAGCAAGAAGUUUGUCGAGUCGGCGCCCAAGACCCUGAAGGAGUCCGUCCCCAAGGAAGAGGCCGAGAAGAUCAUCGAGACUCUCAAGGCCGUCGGUGCCAAGGUCACCAUGGACUAAGAGCGGACUGUCAUCUGACGGGUCCGUGGGGGGACUUUCCUUUGUAAUGCUACCCGGUCCAUCUGGGUUCGCUCUGUGGCUGGCUAUCAUUUUCUUAGAUGGUGGGACAGAAGAAAAAAGAACCUGGAUGGCCUGGAACGUUGUGAUUGGGCUGCAUCAUCGAGCUGGAGUUUUUAUCUCGCACCACCCUUUUCUUUUAUUGUAUUGUGUUCUGUUAUAUCACCCUUUUCUUUAUUAUCUUUUUCUCCGGUCCCUAUAUCUCUUGAGAUUCUAUUUUCUUUCUGAUAUAAAUGGAAAGCGGGAAAAAGGCGGCGAAUGUACAUUAUCACCUUUAUCGAUUGGACAAUGUGGAAACAAGAAGAAAGAAACUUGUUGUGGUCUCUCUG